AUGUGCUCAACGACUGUCAUGGUUGGUACAUCGACGUCAUAUCAGCUUAUCGAAUGUUUCUCCAUCGUUAUGGAGGAGGGCUUGGAAGAAUGUGAAAGGAUUUCUAACAGAGGAAUCGUUCGUAAAGCAUACAGAUCGGACGAUCUUAACGAGAACGACUGGCUGCUCAUCUAUAGAGAUCAAGGCGCAUCCCGCUCGUUUUUUCUUAUUUCUAUCGUAUUUCCUGCUUUAAUUGUUGGCAUUGGCGUCAUCGGGUACAAUACAUAUACUAAUGAUAGAAGGAAUUGGUUUCCCUUCGUGCAACGGCUUGUUCGCGAUGUAGAGGAGGUAGGCGUCUUCGCCAUUUUCCCUGGAAUUGCGAUGGUACUGGUGAUUAUCACAUUGAUCCGGAUGCACCAGUUACGAAUAAUGAGAAUCUAUCAGAAUAGAAAGAGCGCUGACGAAUACAUGGCUAUUGCUACGAAGAAUGUGUUCAACAAGCACCAGAUAAACUUCAACCGAGACUCCGCAGCUGCUUGUUAUUUCGCGGAAGAACAAAAAGACUUGUAUAGGCUUCUAGCUCACAUAUCUAUUGGUAAUAUGCAGAUAAACUUCAACCGAGACUCCGCAGCUGCUUGUUAUUUCGCGGAAGAACAAAAAGACUUGUAUAGGCUUCUAGCUCACAUAUUUAUUGGUAAUAUGCAGAUUGAAAAGCGGCGUUUUCUCAUUUCUGAUGACCAUUUUCGUGCCAAUAACUAUCGUACUUACAUGCUGAACGAGACAAGUAUACCGCCACGAUUAUAA